AUGUCGUCGAGGAUCUUCAGCAGUCACUUUCAGGAUUCCGUACCAUCUGAUCUAGAACCACAAUUUGACUUGACAGGAUCUAGAUGCAACUAUCAGAUCAAGCGGAAUUCAAUCGAGGGACCACUUAUCCGUUAUGCAUCACUUGGAGAAACUGUUUACCACGUUUGGAAAUGUUAUGGUGAAAACAUUCAAAUAUUGGUACAAAACUGCUAUGUGGAAGAUGGUGAAGGAAAUCAUAUCCUGAUUUCGCCGUAUGUCCAUUGUCCAAAAAAUAAAGAGCGUGACACAAAAAGAAGCAGGUCCACAGAUGCAUUUGUUCAGGCACCACCAACAAAAAGAACAUUAGCAGCACAAGUGACACCGGGAAUAGCAGUAGAAAUAACAAGUAAAGAAUCAUGGAAUGCAGCAACCAGAGAGCUUGAUUUGAUAACAUUGCCAGCAUAUUCGCAGUCGUUGACAGCCAUCACAGAAGCAUCGAAAACAGAAGAACUGUUUUUUAUAUCUACAGCUAAUGAUUAUGGAUUCGAUCUGGUGAGUAGCGAUCCAUUGCCACCAUCCAUACAUCCAACGCAGAGGAACUCUGAAGAGGAAAUACAAGUAGAACUAAGCAUUUAUCAACGACGAGCAAAAUGGAAUUCCUUCACCAAUAGAGUAGUAGAAAAGGAUGUUUCUUCGGAAUCAUUAGAGAAUAACAAAGAUCACUCACUACCUUUCAUAUGA